AUGUCCAUCAUGCCACGCACACCCAUCUCUCCCUUUUUCCCACUCCCCAUCCUCACACACGCAGCUGAGCCAGAGGUGCUGAUCAAGGGCAAGGGGUCAAGCAGCGACCUGCACCAACCAAUCCAUUCUGCACAUUCGGACGAGGAUGCGGAUGGAGAUGCCUAUGCGGAUUGCUGCCUCGCGUCAAGCAGAGCUGGUUUCACGGCAGGGGCAGCAGGGGCAGCAGGGCCGUACAGGAGGAUGGGUGCAAGCGAGGACGGAGCAGACACAAGGGCAGAGCGUGGAGACGAGCGUGUGCCUGCUACUGUAUCCACUGCUGCACUGCCUGCAGCAGGGCUGGGUCACAGGAGGGGCAGCGAGGGCAACAACGAUGGGGUGGUUGCAGGGGGCAGCGGGAAGGGAGGUUUGGGUGGGCUCUCCGGGUCCUCAAAACCCCCACCCUCUCCACUCCACUCUACCUCUUCCUCCCUUUCACCUCUCCCUUCUCCUGCCACUCCACGACCCCUCUGCAGCUUCCACGAGUCAUCAGUCCUGGGGGAGGGCGGCUUCGGGCGAGUCUACCGAGGCACCAUCCCCCCUCCACCGCACUCCACCCCCUCCUCCCCGGCUGCUCCUAUCGAAGUAGCAAUAAAGAGGAUGGACCGCGGCGGGCGGCAGGGCGACAGGGAGUUCCUAGUGGAAGUAGAGGUGCUGUCUCGCCUGCACCACCGGCACUUAGUUAAACUUCUCGGCUACUGCGUCGCACCAGGCGAGCACAUGCUGUGCUACGAGUUGGUACCCAACGGCAGCCUGCAUUCCUGGCUGCACGGGACGCACUCGCACCACGCCUUCCUCGACUGGCCGGCGCGGGUCAACAUCGCAGCGGGGGCGGCGCGGGGGUUGGCGUAUCUGCACGAGGGGUCGCAGCCGGCGGUGAUUCACCGGGAUUUGAAGCCGUCCAACAUCCUGCUGGAUGCGUGUAUGAGCGCGAAGCUCGCUGACUUUGGGCUUGCUAAGGCGGCGCCGCAGGGGGCGGAUGAGCACGUGUCCACUCGCGUCAUGGGCACCUUUGGCGCGAAGCUCGCUGACUUUGGACUUGCUAAGGCGGCGCCGCAGGGGGCGGAUGAGCACGUGUCCACUCGUGUCAUGGGCACCUUCGGGUACGUGGCGCCAGAGUAUGCGAUGAAGGGGCAUCUGAUGGUGCCCAGCGACGUGUACAGCUUCGGGGUGGUGCUGCUCGAGCUGCUGUCGGGCCGCAAGGCUGUCGACACCUCCAGGCCGUACGUGGCGCCGGAGUAUGCAAUGACGGGGCAUCUGAUGGUGCCCAGCGACGUGUACAGCUUCGGGGUGGUGCUGCUCGAGCUGCUGUCGGGCCGCAAGGCUGUCGACACCUCCAGGCCACUCGGCCAGGAAAGCCUCGUUCUCUGGGCCCGUCCGCUGCUCGCCAAGCCCACCCGCUACCGCCACCUGCUGGACCCGCGCCUGCUCGCCUGCCCCUCGCCGCCCCCCCCUGCUGCUCUGCACACCGUGGCAGCGCUCGCCAACGCCUGCGUCCACAGCGACCCCGCCGCCCGUCCCUCCAUGAGCACUGUUGUUGAGCUGCUGCGCCGCGCACAACAGACAAGCAGCGCCGACCAGAAGCAACCGUCGUUCGCAUCGCUGCUGUCUCUGGACACGCUGUGUAUGGCGUCGCCCUUGCACCCGCCCUGCCUGGACUCGCCACCAACCCACCUGGCAGCUCCAGCACCCCGCCAGGGUCCUCUCUGA